UCUACACCUGUGUUGACCUGUCAGAGUCAGCUCUUUGAUCAGAAGCAAUGAAGACACUGGGCCUUCUAUUUAUUGUCAUUGCUGGAGUCCAUGGAUCAUCUCCAGCUCAAAAACCCAAUGACAUCAAACAUCCUGCACAAAAACCCAAUGACAUCAAACAUCCUGAUAGUCGCUGGUUGAAUGAGUUUGAUGAUAAACUGCUUUUUACCUGUGCCUCAUUUAGUACAAUAGGGUCAGUUAGCAGUCAACAUCACAGUUACUAUGAAGAUCGCUUGUGGGAUUUCCAAUGUAAGACAACAUUCAGUGAGCUGCCAACUUGUUCAUGGACUAACUACGUGAACAACUUUGAUGAAGAGUUUACCUUCAACUGCCCAUUUGGCUCCAUUAUUAGUGGCGUCGAGGCUUAUCACGAGAACUAUUAUGAGGACAGGAGGUGGAAGUUCUAUUGCUGCCGUGUAAACAAUGCCUGCAAUGAUCAGUGUUCCUGGACAGACUAUCUCAAUUAUUUUGAUGAUUACUUUAGUUGGAAAGUUCCGGACUUGACCUACCUUGUGGGGGUUUCCAGCUAUCACAAUAACUACCGAGAGGAUCGUCGGUGGAAAUACCAGUAUUGCACCCAAAAGACCUGUUAACUCAGUGGAGGACUGCAGGAAAACCAUUCACCCAUACCAAAACAUUCAUUAUACAAAAAUAUACAGCUAACCUCAAAAUUAAAGAAAAUUUCAAAUAAAGUAAAGGCAUGACACUAAAUAAA